AUGUCUCUCAGUGCGAGUGAUCGUCUGAGGCGAUCUAGAUCAACUCGCUCCAUCAGAAGGAGCCACCAAAUGUCGGUAUCCAAUGAGCCAUUUGAUCCAGAAAUCGCCAAACAACACGCAACCGUUGCGGCAUCCCUGGCCAUGCGGCGAUCUACAGAGCGGUCAUCUACGGACUCUCAACGCUCUUACGAUCGCUUAGGUGGGCCUGGUAGCAUGGCGGUGCCGCAGAGAAGAAACAGACCAAGCGGCGACACUGAAAUCUCUGACACUGUUUUGACUGCUACUCUAACACAGUCCAGGAGUGACUCGGAAGAAAAUAACAAUUCUCAGCUUUCGCCUGCAGCGUUACCGCCAAUUCGUGAAUUCGGCGGUCUAGAUGGUCGCAAUUCUUCCUUACCUUCUUCAUACCGCCGGCUGCGCAAGUCACGGUCAAUGUUUGCAGGCGGACAACGUUAUUCUCGCAUGUCUUCUGGAGCACAUUCUCGAUUGUAUGACUAUGUGACUCUUGACAAAGCACAAGUACCCGAGGUGCCAAAUCCAGGCGGGGCCUUAAAACGCUCACUUUCCUUCCUCCGGGGUAGCCAUCCAACUGUCAAUGCAACCCACCAUAUGAGGAGUCAUGAGGCAGCAAUUCAGCUAGCCCGUAGCCAGUUCCUGCAAAGCUCGGUGGAUAGCACCGACCAGUGCAGAGCAUCCUCCAUCCACAGGCCCAAACGAGAGCAUAAGCCAUUCAGAAAAACCUUUCGAAGUAAUAGCGGCGAUAGCGCUUCCGGCAUGGAUGCAUCUAGUACCCAAUCUUCGGUGGACUCCUCUAGACAUGCCAUGUCCCAAGACAAAACGCGCUCAUUAUCUUCAUCCAUUAAGCGGGGUAUCAAAAAGGUCCUCGGGCUAUCAAAGCCUGUUGCAGAUACUAGCCUAGUACAGGCGCCACCCGUUGGCCAGGCACAGAGCCAGGUGCUUUCGACAACAUCCAAGGAUGACAAUUAUCCAGCUGGGAAUGAUCGGAAUUUGAUUUGUGCCGAUAGGCUCACUGGUUCUGAUCGUUCUCAGAUAGUCCGAAGUAUCCGUAGUUCCGAGAGUCUUGCAACCAGCCGCUCGCGUGUUACUAGCUGGGCUGAUUCAACCGUAGCAAAUACUAUCGUGACGCGCAAAACAGGCGAACAGAGCCAUCUGUGUAUCAUUGAUGAACAAGGUGAUUUGGGACCAAAUCCUUCAUUACUCACCCCAAGCAACUCUCCUACACAGGAUUUUUCAUCCACUUCGGAACCAGCCAUGCUGGAGCAUUCCAUUGAUAGCCAACGCCUGUAUGCUGCACUGAUGAAGCGGAUCGGGCAGAACCAUGCACAGCAUACCGAAGAAGAAAUCUUCCUAGGACAAGUCCGAGAACAUCGUGCUAUUCCGACACGGGCAUCUUCCCUAUAUCCUCGCAGUAGCAGGCAGACAAUUCGUCGGGUUCCCAGCAAUGAAUCGUUUACGACCCCAAGGUCAUAUGCAACAGCCCCUGGUGGCACAGUAACUCCCCAGAAACGCUUGACAAUGCUCGGGAGUCAAAGUGCCCUAGAUGGCGAUACUCGAAGCAUAAACGUUAUUGAGUCUCCAACCUUGGAUAUAUCUAAUUCUCCUAGCAUUUACUCACGGACCACCAGUGGCAAUUCCCCGUCCACCAAACAGCAUAGUGAUAAGCCGCGCUCGUCUGGGUCGGUAGAUGAACUAGGAGUAGCUACAAUCUUCGAAAGCCAGCGGUCAGCAUACAGAUCCCCUAAGCGGACCCCUGGUCUCCCGGAAUCCCAAAUUCAACCACAGCCAAGUGCCGACUGGCAGCAAUGGAUGCAGUCCCAAAUGGCGAGGAUCGAAAACCUCACACCGACAAAGAAGCAUUAUAAAGAAGACGCGCAAAUCUAUGACGAUGAGGCUAACAUGCCACGGCAGUGUUUAUCCCGAGGGUUGGGGGGUGACAAUGACACCUCGACGAGUCGCCAGAAUGAUUCAGAUCAAGAUCACCUUUUUGCGAGUAGAGAACCAAUAACAACUUGCAAGAUUUGGACUAGAAGUAAUUUCUCUAGGCCGUUUAGUCGGUCUCCAAGUGUACGCACGGUGGUGACAGCCUCAAAAGAGCAAGGACUGGCUACUGCUCCCCUGUUUUCGAUCCAUACAUCAGGACCCCCUAGCAGUGAUGGAUCGUCUUUUACUGUUGGUCGAAUCCGCACACGGCUUGACCAGCAUGCAUCGUUACCCAUGCAGUCAAGGCCAAUCAACAGGCCCUGGAUGCCAGAAUCUCCCACACCUAAAAGAGAAGCUAGAGAACUGUCACGGCGAUUGGCCCUGAGUGGUAAGUACGGUGAAUCCUCUGUCAAAUGGCCCCAAGCCCAAGAUACAGGGCCCGUGCCUUUUCGACUUAGCCGUCAUCGUGAUAGCACCAGAUUUAACAAUGAGAACAUACGAGCUGAUACCCGACAUGGCAACGUCAACGAGCGAUGCCCAUUGUCUCAAGGCACCUACUCACCCAUGUCGAGCAAACGCAUGGUGGAACUGUUUCUUAACAGUCGACGUCGACAAAUGGGCAUGGAGAUGUCAGACGAUAGUGCUCCGGAUGGAGCCUUUCUGUAG